UCUACAUUCAUCUUGCAUUACUUCCCUCCUUCCUCAUUUUACAUACGUUACCAUUACGAGGUAUGCAGACCUCAUUACUCGCCAUCAGCAUCGCACUGAAAGUGUUGCUGUUCCCUACAUACCAUUCUACAGAUUUUGAAGUCCAUCGUAACUGGCUGGCCAUUACUCACUCUCUACCUAUCUCACAGUGGUACUAUGAGAAAACAAGUGAAUGGACCUUAGAUUAUCCUCCAUUCUUCGCAUGGUUCGAAAAGUUACUUUCUAUGUUCGCAGCUCAAGCUGAUCCGAAGAUUGUUCAGGUAGACAACCUCAGCUAUGAUACUCCGGCAACCAUUCUUUUUCAACGGACAACCGUCAUUAUCAGCGAAUUGGUCUUAUUCUGGGCAUUACAAAGGAUGCUGGCAGUCAUGGGUAAUCAUCCAUUACAAAAGAUUAUCAGCUGGUCUCUUAUGUUAAACCCCGGGCUGCUGAUGGUUGACAACAUGCAUUUUCAGUAUAAUGGAUUCCUCUACGGAAUCAUGGUGCAUUCAUUAGUGGAUGCGAAACAGGGAAAGCUGUUACGAUCCGGAAUCCUCUUUGCAGCCUUGCUGAACUUCAAGCAUAUCUACUUGUACAUUGCACCUUCAUACUUUGCAUUUCUUCUUCGUGCCUACUGCUUUGAGAAUUCUGGCAAUAGUAUCCGAGCAAGAUCAUGGAUCUCGGCUUUUAAGCCGCUCAACUUCUUUGCAUUGGGGUUCAGCGUCAUUGUGGUGUUUGCAGCAUCAUUGGGACCUUUCAUCGCAAUGGAUCAACUUCCUCAGUUGGCGUCACGUCUCUUCCCAUUCAAGCGAGGCCUCUGUCAUUCGUACUGGGCUGCCAAUGUUUGGGCGUUGUACUCUUUUACUGAUAGAGUCUUGAUUACGCUAGCCUCGAAAACGCCACUCGGUCAUUAUCUUGAUCUCUCUGUCGAUAGCUCGGCCCUUGCAGCAAUGACACGCGGCCUGGUGGGCGAUACGGCGUUCGGAGUUUUGCCUACAGUGACAACUCAACAGACUUUUAUUUUAACUGCUCUAUUACAGCUCCCUGGCUUGAUCUCUGUGUUCCGCAAACCGACGUUUGAACGAUUCAUUGGCUCCGUUGCAUUAUCAGCUUUCGCAUCAUUCUUGGUUGGAUGGCAUGUACACGAAAAGGCAAUCUUGCUGUGUACAGUUACCAUGAGUAUUGCUAUUGCAAAUUUAGUAGGAGCGGCUCCGCAAUCAGGAUCCGGAGCAGGGUCCUUUUCAGAUAACAAGACUGGAAGACUCUUAACGCCCAGAGAUGUUCGUUCGUUUAUGAUCGUCAGUCUUGCAGGAUAUAUUGGCCUCUGGCCCUUGUUCUUUACUCGUGAAGAAACACCAAUCAAGGUGUUAGUUACAUUAAUCUGGUUUAUCACUAUUGGAGCAGGAUUGGACCAGUGUAUACCAAAGUCAUUGCUACCAUCGAAUGAGGCUGGUGCUUUUUCUAUAUCGACGCGAUCGUUAUUACGCCAUUAUACAAUCCUAGAACGUCUGUAUAUUUAUGGAUGGGUGCCUCUCCAAGUUUAUGUAAACUUGAUUCAUGAGCUUAUUUUUGGCCAAGAGAGUAUGGCAUUCCUGCCCCUGAUGGUUACAUCUGUUUAUGCAGCUGUAGGAGUUGUUUAUGGCUGGUUACUUUAUUCUGCAACGUACUUUGCAAGCAACAAAGUCAAAGCUCAAGAGAAAAAGAAAUAGUUUGAUCUGUAAAUGCCCCGUAAGCGUCACAGCUUAAAUCAUUUAUUUCCUUCUCGCUGGUUCCAUUUACAAACACACAUCUAGCAGACAAGGCAUCUCUUUUUAUCUUUUAAGCAUCUCAUCCAUUUAUACUUCUCCUUAUUCUCUCUCUCUC